AUGUCAUCAGAUUCGGGACUUGAGACUGACUAUUUAACAUUGACUCGCUUCAUUAUACAAGAACAAAGAAAAUUUCCGUCUGCUACAGGUGAGCUGACACAGCUGAUGAAUGGCCUGCAAACAGCUAUCAAGGCUGUUUCAAUGGCUGUUCGUAAAGCAGGGAUGAUUAACCUUUACGGUUUAACUGGUUCCAGUAAUAUUCAAGGUGAAGAUGUGAAAAAAUUAGAUGUUCUAUCAAAUGAUUUAUUUAUCAAUAUGUUAAAAUCAUCUUAUUCAACUUGUUUACUUAUCUCAGAAGAAAAUGAUGAAGCUAUAGAAGUGGAAUUAGAUAAACAAGGAAAAUACAUCGUUUGUUUUGAUCCAUUGGAUGGUUCAUCAAAUAUUGAUUGUUUGGGUUCAAUUGGUUCAAUAUUCCUUAUUCUACGUUCACCAUUAAAUAAUGAAAAAGGUGUAGUAUCUCAUAAAAUAGCAUUACAACCUGGUCGUCAAGCUGUUGCCGCUGGCUAUGCUCUAUAUGGUAGUGCUACUAUGUUAGUUUUAACUGUUGGAACUGGUGUACAUGGUUUUACAUUGGAUCCAGCAAUUGGUGAAUUCAUACUAACACAUCCUAAUAUUUCUAUUAAACCACGUGGUAAUAUUUAUUCAAUUAAUGAAGGUUAUGCAAGUCUUUGGGAUAGUGCUAUUACAGAAUAUAUUCGAAUGAAGAAAUUUCCUGAAUCAGGUAAACCUUAUAGUGCACGUUAUUGUGGAUCUAUGGUUGCUGAUGUUCAUCGUACAUUACUUUAUGGUGGAAUUUUCCUUUAUCCAGGUACAAAACAAUCUCCUAAAGGGAAGUUAAGAUUAUUAUAUGAAUGUAAUCCAAUGGCAUUAAUUAUAGAACAAGCUGGUGGUUUAGCUACAAAUGGUAAAUUAUCUAUAUUAGAUAUUCAACCAAUUAAUAUACAUGAUCGUGCACCAAUAUUUCUUGGUAGUAAAGAUGAUAUUCUAGAAUUAAUUUAUAUUAUUAAAAAAUUCUCACAUUAUGAAUAA